CUGCUCCGACUAGUAAUACAGGGUUCACACCUCUUUUUUUUCAUUUUUAUUUCUGAUUUCAUUUUUCGUAUCCAUCAAACAAAGCCUUCUCCAUAAGACUGUUAACUGAUUUUAUCAAAGGAGCAAAUGGUGUUUCAACAAUUUACUUCUAGCUUGAAGAAGAAUUGCGUCUUCAUCAUUAUUGUUCUCUUUGUUCCAUAUUGAUGAGGCUUUCACAUUUACAUCUGAAUCUAUAAUCCCUCAAUCUCUCUCUCACACACAACAUCUGCAAUUAGUCUCUUCAUGUUUGGUAUUCCAUGAGUUAGAGAGAAGGUACGUACUUCCUGAACUCACAGCUAGCUCUCUGCAUUUCUAUUGCUUUGAAUUAUUAGUUUACUACUUAUUUCAAUUUGGUUCUCUCUCUCUCUCUUACAUCUGAAUUUGCAUCUCCCACUAUUUGCAGUCUCUUAUUCUCACUCACUCAAAUUUCUUUUACAUCUCAAUUUGUAUCAAUGUGAUAGCUUGAAAGUCAGCCUUAAUUUUUCUUCUUCUUUUCAAUGGUAGUGGUUCAAUGUGAUAACUUGAAAGUCGUCCUAAUUUUUCUUUUUUCUUAAUCUUCUCUUCGUCACUUGUAAUUCCACAUAAUUUCGUUUUUUAAUUUGUGUAAAAUGAAAUAUUUCAUUUUAGUAAAUUAUAAGUUUAAAAUAAUAUUGUUAGAUUAUUUUAAUUAUUUAUGAAGCCUAAUCUGACUAUAAGAAAAAUAUUUUGGUACAAACAUAUCAUUAUAAUUAUAUUAAGUUAAAAUAUUAUCAUCAUUUAUUUUACAUGUAGCACCUUAUUUGUAUACUGAAAAAUAAGGUGUUACACAAAUCAAAAACUUAAUUUUAUAUAUCUAUGUGUGUGAAUUAACAACAAAUUUUAUAUAAAAUGAAAUGUAUAUAAUCCAAGUCUUUUUGUUUAUAAGCUGAUAUAAUUAUAUAUUAUAUUGACAAGGGGCUAGUAAAUGGUAAACAUGAGCGUUCAUUAGCUUAUAUCUACCAUUAUAGGAUAUGUAUAAUUAUUUAUUCCAUAAGCAAGAAGAGGUACUUCUUGAAUUCUCUCUUUAGUUUCUUCAACAAUCAACUUCUCUGCCUUUUUGCUUUGUAUUAUAAAUUUGUGGUUUACUUCUUGUUUCAAUUUGGAUUCCUCUCUUACAUCUGAAUUUGCAUCUCCCUCUAUUUGCAAUCUCUUUUUGUCACAAAUUUGAAUUAAGCUCUCUUACAUCUCAAUUUGUCUCUCUAGAAUCUCCAUUUCAUUUUCUUUAUCUUUCUUUCUAUCUUCUUUGUCAUUCAAAGUGAGACUCGUUGUACUUGUGGAUUUAAAACACUUUACUACCUCCAACCAAAUAAAAUCCAUUACUUGAAAUUUCUGCUUCAGUAGUAGCUUUCUACAUUUGUAUUCUUGCUUUUUUGCUUUAUAAUAUUUCUGCUUCCGUAGUAGCUAUAUUUUUUUCCGUCAUUUCUUGGGCAUGAUCCAUCCUCUUCCUCUUCAAAAUCAACGCAAUAGCUGUCUCGUAUUCUUAAGCAGGUCAAAGGAACAAAACAAUGGCGGAAACUGCAGUGAGCUCUGUUAUUGACAAUUUGCUCCCACUGUUAACCAACGAAGCAAAAUUGCUUAAGGGUGUCCAUAAAGAAGUUGCCAGCAUCAAAGAUGAAUUGGAAUACAUACUGUGUUUCUUGAAGGAUGCAGAUGUCAGGGUUGAAACUGCAAAGAUCAACGACAGCUUGCAACUUUGGGUGAAAGACGUAAGGAAAGUUUCUUAUAAGAUCGAAGAUGUUAUCGAUGAAUACAUACUUCACUUGGCAAAGCCAUUUCAUCAGUAUGGUUUCAUCACUUUCUUUCUUAAAGUCGCUCACCCAGUUAUUAAACUGAAGCGAAGACAUGAGAUAGCUUCUGAGAUUCAAGAGAUCAAAACAACCAUACAGGAGAUCAAGCAAAGAGCUGACAGAUAUGGAUUCAGUUCCUUGGAGCAAGGAUCAAGCAGUGUCACAAAAGAUAGCACAUGGCAUGACCCUCGAGUGGCUUCCCUUUUCAUUGCUGAAGAUGAAGUUGUCGGCAUUGAAUCUCUAAGACACAAAUUGAUCAGUAAGCUAUUGGCAGAACAACCGAUGCGUGGAAUAAUUUCUCUCAUUGGGAUGGGUGGAUCCGGAAAGACCACUCUCGCCAAGAAAGUCUACGACAGCCCAAGAGUGACUGCACACUUCGAUUGCCAUGCUUGGAUCCCUGUGUCCCAAUCAUACAAGAUGGAGGAAAUCCUCAAAACAAUGAUCAAGAAGUUCUAUGGAUCAAGAAAGGAGCCUGUUCCUGAAGGAAUUGAUACAAUGGAAGAAGAUUUGCUCAUUGAAAAUUUGAAGGAAUAUUUAGAACUGAAGAGGUAUGUGGUUGUUUUUGAUGAUGUAUGGAAAAUAGACUUUUGGAGUUUCAUAAAACAUGCUUUAUCGAAGAACAGCAAAUGCAGUCGAGUAAUCGUCACCACUCGAAAUGAUGAUGUUGCUUCUUCUUGCAAAGAAUCUCCAUUUGAUUACAUCCACCAUCUUGAGCCUCUCUCUGAAGACAAGGCUUGGGAACUCUUUUGCAAGAAGACAUUCCAAUUAGACUUUGGGGCUCAAUGUCCACUAGAAUUGAUGGAAUUCUCUAAUAAAAUUGUUCGCAAGUGUGAAGGAUUGCCACUUGCAAUUGUGGCAAUAAGUGGUUUGUUAUCAACAAAAGACAAGACUGUAUCAGAAUGGGAAAAGGCGUACAAUAGCCUCGGUUUUGAGUUACAAAGGAGUCCCCAUCUUACAAGUAUUACAAAAGUCAUAUUGCUCAGUUAUCACGAUCUUCCUUACUACCUGAAAUCUUGUUUUUUGUACUUAAGCAUAAUACCAGAAGACUUCUCUAUUCAUUGUGGAAGAUUGAUUCGGUUGUGGAUAGCUGAGGGGUUUGUAAAACCAGAAAAAGGAAAAAAAACUUUGGAAGAGGUUGCAAAAGAAUACCUGGCCGAACUAAUUCGUAGAAGUUUGGUUCAAGUGAGUGAACUAAACUAUGAUAAAUCAAAAAUUCGUACUUGCCGAGUUCAUGACUUGAUUCGUGAGCUCAUCGUUUCAAAAUCCGAGGAGUUGAGUUUUUGUCAAGUUGUGGAAGAUGACUCAAGUUUUGAUGGGCAACCCCGGCGACUUUCAUUCCAUAACCAUGUUUAUAAUGUUUUAGAAACCAUCGGUAAGCUCCGAAUUCGUUCUUGUUUUAUUUUUAAAGCAGAGGACGAGUUGCCAAAGCCAUUUUUAGGUACGUUGUUUGCAAAAUUCAAGCUAUUGAAGGUGUUAGAUCUUGAAGGUGCUCCUCUCGAUAAUCUUCCUGAAGAGGUUGGAAAGUUAUUACACUUGAGGUACUUAAGUGUGAGGAGUACAAAAGUGAAGAUCCUUCCAAAGUUUAUCGGCAAGCUAUACAACUUGCAGACUUUAGAUGUGAAAUACUCUCUAGUGGAUGAGCUACCUUGUGAAAUUAGUAAGUUACAUAAGUUGCGACACCUUUUGGCCUACGAUGUUAAUGACAAUGUUGAUAGUUUUACUGAUGUUAGAAGAGGAGUGAAAGUGCAUGAAGGAAUUGGGCAUUUAAAGGAACUGCAGAAACUACGUGAUGUGGAGGCAAGUCAUGAAGGGUUUGACCAAAUAAUUAAAGAGCUGGAAAAUUUGAGGGAGUUGAGAAAGUUGGGUAUCACAAAGUUGAGGAGAGAAAAUGGGAGGGCUCUCAUCAACUCCAUUCAGAAAAUGAAACACCUUAACUAUCUUCAACUCGUGGCAAUAAACGAAGAUGAGAUCCUGGAUUUACAAUGCAUGACAUCUCCACCUCAGUGUUUGCAAUGUCUCUACUUACGUGGGCGUUUAGGGAAGUUGCCGGAUUGGAUCCCUAAACUUCAAAAUCUAGUCAGAUUAGGUCUAUAUUAUUCUGGCUUAAGUGAUAAUCUGAUAGAAGCCUUGCAAGCGUUGCCUAAUAUGUUAUGGCUACAUAUCCGUAAGGGAUAUGAUGCCGAGAGAUUAUAUUUUGGGGCACAUGGGUUUCAGAAACUUAAGAAGUUGUCUCUCUAUGAGUUGCAGGAGUUGAAUUCAUUGAUAAUAGAGGAAGGAGCGUUGCCACUUCUUGAAGAGCUAUACAUUGGGCCUAGCCCACAAUUGAAGGAGGUGCCGUCCGGCAUUCAACACCUCAAAAAACUCAGACUACUUGGGUUCACUGAUAUGCCAACAAAAUUCAUAGAAAGAAUGAGAGGAGAUGAAGGCCAAGACUAUCACAUCGUUAAGCAUAUACCAUCUAUCCAUUGCUGGAUCAAGAAUAAGGGAUUGAAUUAUACAUCCUACAAACUGUUAUUGUAAUAGAAAGAGUCAACCAAUCACAUUUAAUCUAUUGGAUAAAACUUAUUUAAUUCCAGACAUUGCUUAUUUUUAUUGUUAUUGUAAUAUUGUUGUAAUUUUUACUGUUGCUAGUUUCCAGACAUUGCUUGUUUUUAUUGUUAUUGUAAUGUGUUGUAAUUUUUGUAGUUUCCAACAAUGUGAUUGGUUGAGGAAAGAGUCAACCAAUCACAUUGCUUGUCAUUAUUAUUAUUGUUGUUCAUGACAUUACUUCUUAGUAUUGUUCUUGUAAAGACAAAUCAUUUGUUUAA